AUAACUUUAAAAAAUUGUAUCAAAAUUUUAGUUUUUUUUAAAUAAAAAAAAUGGCUCAAUCUGCGACUCCUGUGCUGAAGGAGGGCUCUACCCAACUAGAUCACAUCUGCGAGCUAGAGAUCUCCCACCCAGCCACGCACCAUCGUCUGGUUUCCUUGAUAGCAACUAUAUCCCAUAGUUCGCGGAACCUGGACACAAUCUACCACAUGAUAUUAAAGGGCGUUAACAUUUUCCGGCUGAACUUUUCUCACGAGUCCCACGAGAUGCAUUCGAAGACCCUUGAGCUGGUGCAUGAGGCUCUCGAGCGGAUCCAGCAUGAGACAGGACACCUACGAACAGUGGCCAUAGCGGCGGACACUCGAGGACCUCAGAUCCGAACAGGAUUGCUGGAUGGAGAGGUGUUUCUGCGCAGCGGUGACAACAUACGACUUUCCAUUAAUCGGGAUCUGUACGACAAAGGAAACAAGGAGGCUGUCUAUGUCGACUACAUGAACAUCAUCAAUCUGACCAAGACGGGUGAUCGAUUGUUCAUAGACGAUGGAAAGCUUCUGCUCCACAUUAUGGAAGUGGGCGUGGACGGGCUACUCUGCGAGGUCAUUCAGGGCGGACAGUUGAACAAUAAUUGCAACGUCAUCCUGCCUGAGGUUGAGAUAGACCUGCCGGCGGUCUCCGAGAAGGACAUGUACGACAUUCAGUUCAGCAUGAAAGCCAAUGUAGACUUUCUCUUUGCGUCGGCUGUUCGCAGUGCCAAGAAUGUGAAGGAACUUCGCACUGUUCUGGGUGAGAAGGGGAAGCACAUCAAGAUCAUUGCCAAAAUGGACAGCAAGAUCGCCCUCAGUCGCUUCUCAGAAAUAAUGCGAGCGGCAGAUGGUCUACUCUUGUCGAGGGCUGAUCUCGGCACCCAGAUACCCAUGGAGAAGCUGUUCAUCACCCAGAAGAGCAUCCUGGGCCAGUGCAACAAGGCAGGCAAGCCGGUGAUUGUGGCCUCCAAUAUACUGGAAACUAUGCGAUACCAACUUCAGCCCACUCGGGCAGAGUGCUUUGAUCUGGCCAAUGCUAUUAUCGAUGGAGCGGACUGCAUAAUGCUCUCCUCGGAGGUGGCCAUCGGGCCCUAUCCCAACGAAACCGUAGCCACCUGCGACAAGCUGUGCCGCGAGGCGGAAAAGGUUCUCUGGUUUCGGGAUCUCUUCUCGGACCUAGUUAGCGAGGUUCGCGGCGAGCUGGACGCUGCCCAUUCGCUGGCCAUAGCCUCCGUGGAAACGGCCAAGCGCACCAAUGCCACCCUCAUUGUGGUGCUGACCAGUUCGGGACGUUCCGCCACCUUGAUUAGCAAGUUCCGUCCCCGGUGUCCCAUCCUGGCACUUACUCGUUGCGAAAGGACCGCCCGCUGGGUGUAUAUACACCGGGGUAUCCUCCCCGUGGUCUACACUUCUGAACCGAGCAACGACUACACCACGGAUGUAGAUUCCAGGGUCCAGUUUGCCCUCACCAUCGCCAAGAAAGCGGACAUCAUUAAUGACGGGGAUCCCAUUGUCAUUGUGAGUGCCUGGAAGGAUGGAGGUGGAUUCACGAAUAAUGUGCGCGUGGUGUACGCUUUCUUCGAGGCGGAUAACGUGGACUGCCUCUUCCGGUCGGAUAGGCGGCACUCCGUUAAAAACACCAACCUGCAGAAGGAGGGACAGAAAGUCAUUGACACCAAGAAAAGUGUUCAAAUAUAGAUCCUUCGUAAAUAUUUUGUUCCACAUGAUGUGAUCGA